AUGGAUGGGGUAGAUAAUAUCGGCAGAUUUGACGAAUGCUUAAAAAGUAUCCGUGAAAAAUUACGUGCCGUGCCUUUGGUGGUUCAGUUUCCUAUUGGAGCCGGUCGUGAACUAGAGGGAUUAAUAGAUAUAGUCGAGCAAAAGGCUCAUUACUUCCAACUUGGCGAUAAAAACGAAAAUUAUCAAACCAAAGAAAUCCCUUCUCACCUAACAAAAAAGACUCAGAAGUAUCGACAAGAAUUACUGGAAAAAUUGGUGGAGAUAGAAUUAGAAAAAAUGGUUGAGGAAGGCAGAGAAGAAAGUCCUAUUCUCCAGAAGUAUGAAAAAAAGGAAGAAUUGUCUGGGGCAGAAAUAAAAAAAUUGCUACGCCAAGUUACUUUAACUGGUAGAUAUUUUCCAACAUUUUGUGGUUCUGCUUACAAGCACGUGGGGGUGAAAUUACUCUUAGACGGAGUGGUGGACUAUUUGCCUUCUCCCCUAGACGUUCCCAAAAUAACAGUUUAUUCACCCCGAGAUAAAAAUAAAACCGGAGAAAUUAAUUGUAAUAGCCCUCUCUCUUGCUUGGCCUUGGCUUUCAAAAUUAUCUUUGAUGAUUAUAAUAACAAAUUAACUUUCUUUCGAGUUUACGCUGGCAAGGUAGAAUCUAAUUCUUAUGUCUAUAAUGUUAACAAAAAAAGAAAAGAAAGAGUUAGCCGCUUGUUUCUUAUGCACGCUAACGAUAAAGAAAUAAUUAAGGAAGUGGGGGCCGGAAAUAUUGCGGUGGCUAUUGGUUUGGAAAACACUGUCACGGGAGACACACUGGGAGAGGAAAAUAAAACGGGACAAAUGAUUAUUGCAGGCAUGGGUGAAGUGCAUCUGGAAGUUUUGGUGGAAAGGUUACGUCGAGAGUUUAAACUUGCUAUUGAAAGCAAGCAACAACGAGUAUCUUACCGAGAAACUAUUACUAAAAAAGUCAAACUUGCCUUUGAACCCAAUCCGGGCAAAGGAUUUGAAUUUGUGGAUGCCAAAAAAGGUCAAGAAAUGUCCGACAAAGACGCUGAGGAAGUAAAAGAAGGAUUAGAAGAGUCCAUGUCUUCAGGCUUACUCUUAAGUUAUCCUUUGCUAGAUAUUAAGGCUACUUUAUUAGAAGGAAAAAGGCAUGAAGUCGAUACUAAACCUGGUGAUUUCAAAAAUGCGGCCGUUUUGGCCUUUCGGGGUGAUGGCGUAGCCGAAAAAGAAAAAAGAAUCAAGGAAUUAGGAGUGGUUUUAUUAGAGCCAAUUAUGCAGACAACGGUAAUAGUGCCUAAGGAUUAUUUGGGGGACACUUUGGCUAGUCUUGGUAGGUGUCAUGCUGUAAUUGAAAAUACUGAAGAAAAAGAGGGAGAAAGUUUUAUCACUGGCAAAGCCCCUUUGCGAGAAACGCUUAACUAUUUGGCUACUUUACGCCAGUUGACUGGAGGCCGUGGUGCUUAUUCCUCAUAUUUAUCUCAUUAUCAAGCAGUUGCCAAGGAUACUUUGGAGGAAAUAUUGAAGGAAAAAAAAUUAUUAAAUACUUCUAAUUAG